CCACAUCCAUUUGAGCGAGCCUUAGAAAUAACUCCACGCGACGCAAGGUUUCGCUGCCGCUUCGUCUCCUGAUCACGUGACAUAAUGUCUGAGAACGUGGAACGUCUGAACAAGUUCAAGAACAAAGGCAAAGAUGCCAACGAGCUCCGGCGCAGGAGGGUGGAGGUGAACGUGGAGCUCCGCAAGGCGAAGAAAGAUGACCAGAUGUUCAAGAGGAGAAAUGUGGCUGCGUUUCCCGACGAGGCGACUUCUCCUCUGCAGGAAAGGACUCAGAACUGCCUGGCUGCCAGGCAGUGGACAGUUGAGGAGAUCGUCUCCGGUGUGAACGGCAGCGACGUCGAGUCCCAGCUUCAGGCCACGCAGGCUGCCAGGAAGCUCCUGUCUCGUGACAAGAACCCCCCCAUCAACCAGAUGAUCAGUGCCGGCCUGAUCCCAAAGUUUGUCUCCUUCCUGGGGCUGGUCGACUGUCCUCCCAUCCAGUUUGAGGCCUCGUGGGCUCUGACCAACAUCGCCUCUGGGACGUGUGACCAGACCGCUGCAGUGGUAGAGGGCGGGGCCAUCCCCGCCUUCAUCAGCCUGGUCACCUCGCACCACCAGCACAUCAGCGAGCAAGCAGUGUGGGCCCUUGGAAACAUUGCAGGUGAUGGGUCGGCUCUCAGAGACAGGGUCAUUAAAAAUGGCGCUGUGGCCCCUCUGCUCAGUCUGCUGGCGGUCCCUGACCUGUCUGCAUUUAGUACUGGCUACAUGAGGAAUGUCACAUGGACGCUGUCUAACCUCUGCCGCAACAAGAACCCCUCCCCCCCUAUGACAGCGGUACAACAGAUCCUACCCGCUCUAGUUCGCCUGCUGCACCAUGAUGACCGGGAGGUGUUGGCCGACGCGUGUUGGGCCGUUUCCUACCUGACCGAUGGCUCUAAUGACCGCAUUGAGGUCAUGGUCCAGACUGGCUUGAUUCCUCGCCUGGUGAAUCUGCUGGGCUUUGAGGAGCUCCCCGUCGUUACCCCAGCGCUGCGUGCCAUCGGCAACAUUGUCACUGGCACAGAUGAGCAGACCCAGGCCGUGCUGAAUGCUGGGGCCCUGGCCAUGUUCCCCCGGCUCCUGUGCCACAAAAAGGCAAACAUUCAGAAGGAGGCCGCCUGGACUCUGUCCAACAUCACAGCAGGGAAAGACGGACAAAUCCAGGAGGUCAUCGAUGCGGGCCUUGUACCUUACCUGGUCAACACGCUGGUGGAGGGUGAUUAUAAAACUCAGAAGGAGGCAGUGUGGGCAGUUACAAACUUCACCAGUGGGGGCACUGUGGAGCAGGUGGUUUACCUUGUACAAGCCAAUGUGCUUGAGCCUCUCCUGAAUCUCCUCUCCUCUAAGGACAGUAAAAUUGUUCUUGUCAUCUUGGAUGCCAUUACAAAUAUCUUUAUGGCUGGGGACAAAAUCGGAGAGUCAGACAAGCUUGGUCUAAUGGUGGAAGAAUGCGGCGGACUGGACAAGAUUGAGGCGCUGCAGUCUCAUGAGAAUGAGAUGAUCUACAAAGCAUCCCUCAAUCUGAUUGAGAAAUACUUCUCUGAUGAGGAUGAGGUGGUGCAGAGCGUGGUUCCAGAAGCUACGGAUGACGGUUACGCAUUUAAUAUCAGUGAAAACCAGAACUCUUUCAAUUUCUAGAUUACCAUUCUAGUACUUCUCAAGUUUACUGUGUCUGUUUCUACUGUUUGUCUUCUUCUUGUAAUUGUUCUUUUGUAUGUAUUGUACGUACUUUUUAAUGUGGAAAAAUUACAUGAUUGUAAAUAAAGUUGUCUGAUCAUGUU